CAAGCCGAAUGACUUGAGGGUGCCUACAAAUACAUAACGAUCAAUAAGUAUAUGUACUUUCUCGAUGAGACGAUUUGAGCCUCCAGAUCUUGAUUAACAUGCCUCGCACUGUUGGGCUUGUGGAAUACCUGGUAGUUCCUCUGAUCUCGCCGUCGUCGAAUCUUCAGUCUUGUUUCGAGUUCUACGUCCACGACUAUUCAGACGUCUAGCACAGUCAUGAUGGCUAGAGAAGCCUCAAUGUCCAUAUCUGAUGACACUCAUGCUCUUCCGACUCUCGAAAACUGUCUGGGCAACGUGCACUGCAAUUGCAACAACGAACAAGACUCUGGUCAGCCAACCCCCGAGGACAAGUUGUCGACGACGACACCUACAGGACAAGAUUCCGAGCAUGGCCAUUCUCUUGCCCAGAUACGUCCCAUCACACAACACCAUGGUUCGUCAGUAUCGACGUUCUUCAACGGCUUAUUCAGCACUGCCAUCGCUAUCACAACCUUGGGUGCCAGUAUCACCUUCUCCUACGUCUUGUCAAAUGACACUGCGGCACCGACGUCGAAACACCCAGCAUUCUCGCAAUAUCAGGUCCAACAGUUCCUCGCCAUAAGUUGGCUGUUGUUUCUGCUGGCCCUGGCCUUUGCAUCAUUGGGAUCUACCCUUUUGACGUUCUUCAAAAACCACUGGAUUGCCGACUGGGAUGGGGCGAAUGGAGAAACGGCCCAAAUGACUGUUCAGAUGUAUGGGGUCAUCGCCAGUGGCCUUCUUGGUGGCUUAAUCAUAGGUGCCUUUGCGCUCUUGUGCCUGGUUGUGAUCCCCUACUCUGCCGGAGUAGGAUGGGUCGCCCUGGCAUUCACUACGUUCUUUGGCCUGGUCAUCUUCUUCGCUGUUAUGCAUCAGGUGCCUUGGUCAUGGAGGAUCAACACACCAUCCUUGCCAACAAGACAUCGUUCUGCAUGAGACCAGCUGCUUGGUGAAGCAAGACGGCUUCGCCCCGACGGCUCUGCUCUGCCUGACGAAACUGGCUGACAACCAUUACCUGUCCAAAGCCAUCGCAGGUUGCCACACCUAGGGCCAGCCGAGCCUCGAUUCGAGAGGAAUUCGCAGUAUUGGAAAAUGAAAUCAGUAAGACAGGGGCGAAUAUAGUACGGAGGAGUCAGGUCGAUC